AAAAAAAAAUGGAAGAAGUUCAAGAGUUGAAACAUGCCUGCAAGUUCUGCAGCAAGAGCUUCCCUUGUGGUAGAUCCUUGGGAGGCCACAUGAGGUCUCACUUGACCAACAACAAUUCAACUGAAAAAACUGAUCAUGAAAAGCUCAACAUCAACAGAAUUAUUAGUUUCACUACUACUAAUACCAAUGGUGGAAGCAAAUUCAACACUGAAACAUCAUCAUCAUGCUUUGUCUAUGGCUAUGGCCUUAGAGAGAACCCCAAGAAGACUUCGAGAUUUUCGGACAACAUUUCGAGUGAUCAAGAGAACUCAAAUCUGUUUUGCUGCAAAGAAUGCGGCAAAGGAUUUCAGUCAUGGAAAGCUCUCUUUGGUCACAUGAAAAGCCACUCUGACAAAGAGAAAGUUUCCUUGUUGGAGGAAGAACAAGAUUCAUCAAUGAAUAGUGCUAAUUUGAAGCUGGUCAUGGACAGUCAAUCCGACAACGAAACCGCGGCUCCGAGUAAUAGUAGGAAGAAAAGGAGGAGAUCCCAGAGAAGAACAAGGUACAAUAUUAUUAACAAUGUCAAUGCUUCUUCUUCUGCUGCUUCUGAGAUUGAGCAAGAACAAGAGGAAGUUGCCAUGUGUUUGAUGAUGCUCUCAAGGGAUUUCGGUGGUUCGAAAUCUGUUGCUGAGUCUUCUGAUAACUUCUCUGAACUCUCCAAAUCUCCCCCUUCUACUAAAACCAGUAGGAUUAUGUCUGGUGGUAACAAGACUUGUUCCGAGUUUUCGAGGACAAAGAAACUUCGGAAUGGGAAUUCAUGGUCUAAAAUGAGCAGAACUGAAGUUUCCAGUGAUGGGUUUUUGGGGAAAGACAAGAAGAUCUUAGUCAAGGAAGAGAAAUUUGUUGAGAAGUUGAAAUCAAGCACGAGAAAGCUUCCUUAUGAUGAUAAUGGUGAUGAUGAUGAGGCUUAUUAUGAUCCUGAAUUGAGGGCAGAUUCAUUGAAGAUUUCAGAUCCUGAUAUGCCAAAGAGUUCUCAAAAGAGAAGCAGAUUUGAAUGCUUAACUUGCAACAAAACAUUUCACUCCUACCAAGCUCUUGGAGGCCACAGGGCAAGCCACAAAAAGAACAAAGGUUGCUUUGCUUCCUCAACAAUUGAGAGCAGUGAAAACAGCAUUGAAACUGAAGGUGGUGAUGAAAACAACAAGCCCAAAAAUCAUCAUUUCACCAAUAUUGAGAGCCUUAUUAAUGAUGGUGAAGAUCAUCAGUCAAAAGCUGAGAUAAAGAAGAGUAAAGGUCAUGAAUGCCCAAUUUGUCUCAAGGUUUUCCCCUCAGGCCAAGCCUUGGGUGGUCACAAGAGAUCCCACUUGGUUGGUGGUGGUGGUGCUUCUGAUGCUAAAACCGCCACCCGAGCAGCCGUCCCCACUGUCGUGCCCAAAAAGUCGGUCCCCAAAAUCCGGGACUUCCUUGAUCUCAACCUUCCUGCUCCUGAUGAAGAAGAUAACAGCAAUGGGCAUGUUAAUGGGCUGGAAGCAGCCACAAACAUGAGGCUCUUGUGGGUCUGAUCUCUAACUGAAUUCUUUUUUGUCCUUUUUGUCAAAUGCCAUGGAUUUCAAUAAGGGGGAAAAAGGCUUAAAAAGAGUGUACAGACAUAUAUAUAUAUCUCUGGAUAUUAUUUCAUUGAUUCUUUUACAGAUUCAAGAACUU